UGCACUGAGUACUACGAACUACGUGUAAUUAUCGGAAGAAUAAAAAUAUUAAAAUCCAAAAGCCUCACAGUUUUAUCUUGGAAUAAAUCUAGGUGGCAAAGCAAAUAACGUUCGGCUAAACAACACUGACCCUGACUGGGCAAAAUUCGUGCGUCUAACGAGGGAAGAAGGCAAUAAUUUCGACAGCAGCUACAUAGCUCCCCAAAAAGCUGAGAUUUUUUUCUGCCCACAGAAGAGGAGGAAGAACGAAAGAAACUAAGAGCUCCAACAAAACUGGAAAAAAAAUCUCCCAACAGCCAUAAGAAGGGCCAUAUAUGUAGUGGAAAAGGGGCAAAUAAGAGCGCCCGGCCAACAUUAACAUCUUCCUCGAGUCCAUCAGCCAGCUGGCGGCGCUGGCCACCAGGAGCGGCAUCAUGCAGCUGCUCAUCUCGUCCGUGUGCAUGGCGCUGACCAGCGCGGUGAUCGGGAAUGCCUACUACCAGAAGCAGCAGUUCUACCCGGCGGUCGUCUACAUUACCAAGUCGAACGCCUCCAUGGGGGUUAUCUACAUUCAGUUCUUUGUGAUUGUCUUCAUGUUUGGCAAACUGCUGCGCAAGAUCUUCUUGGGCACGCUGCGCGCCGCCGAAUUCGAGCAUUUGCUAGAGCGCUUUUGGUACGCCCUUACAGAGACAUGCUUGGCCUUCACCGUAUUCCGGGAUGACUUCAAUCCGCGGUUCGUGGCCCUGUUUACGGUGCUCCUAUUCCUCAAAUCAUUCCAUUGGCUGGCCGAGGAGCGUGUGGACUUUAUGGAACGUUCGCCCGUGCUGGGCUGGCUGUUCCAUAUUCGUGUGGGCAGCCUGCUGACAAUGCUAGGUAUCCUCGACUACGUGUUGCUGAUGCAUGCCUACAAUUCGACUCUGGUGCGCGGACCCACUGUCCAACUGGUCUUUGGCUUUGAGUACGCCAUCCUGCUGACUGUCAUCGCCAGCACCGCCAUCAAGUACGUCCUGCACGCCGCCGAGAUGCGCACGGACACGCCCUGGGAGAACAAGGCGGUAUUUCUACUGUAUACGGAGCUCGUAAUUGGCCUCAUUAAGGUCGUGCUUUACAUCCUAUUUGUGGUGAUCAUGGCCAAGAUCUAUGCUCUGCCGAUGUUCGUUUUCCGGCCCAUGUUCUUUACCAUCCGCAACUUCCGUAAGGCCCUGAACGAUGUAAUUAUGUCGCGGCGGGCCAUUCGCAACAUGAACACCCUCUAUCCUGACGCCACGCCAGAGGAGCUUCGACAGUCGGACAACAUCUGCAUCAUCUGUCGAGAGGAUAUGGUGAAUCACUCGAAGAAGUUACCCUGCGGCCAUAUCUUCCACACCACCUGCCUGCGCUCGUGGUUCCAGCGCCAGCAGACCUGUCCCACUUGCCGGCUAAAUAUCCUCCGCACUCCGGCUGUGAAUUCGACGGCAAUGCCGCGGGCUGCGGAAGAUAUGGCACCUGCCGCCGCCGCUGCUGCUCCUGGAAAUGCCGCCCCAGCGGCAGCAGGGGCCCAGCCGGGUACGCCUGCUCCGGUUGCAGUUGCCCCUGGAGUCGAUGCCAACCAGGGACGUGGCAAUAAUCCGCAGCCACCCAGUUUUGCUGAGCUUUUUGGCGAUGCCAAUGGCCUGCCCAACUUGGCUGGUCUAAUGACUCCGCCACCGCCGGUCAUGCCCAUGCUGCCGCCCUUUAUGAUGCCGCCGCAGUUGGUUUACUUCACGCCGCCGCCCCUACCGCCUCCACCCAUGCCACAGGACCUGACCAAGUUCACCAUUGAGGAGCUGCGGGCCAUGGAGGGGCACCAGCGAGAGCAGAUAGAGCAGCGCCUUAAACUGCUGCGCAACAUUAGCCUCAUGCUGGAUUCGGCGGGGAUCAUGAUGUCGCAAUACCAGAGCUUGGCAGCCAGUCUACAGCUAAAUGCGGUGCCAACCACAACCGCGGCAGCAGCAGCAGCAGCAGCUCCAAGCUCAGACGUAGCACCUGGAUCUUCCGCUGCUUACGACAAGCCCAGCACCUCGGCCAUGGCCAGGGCCCAACUGGAGGAGGAGGCCCAUCAGAUAAGUCCCCCAUCAGCAGGCGCAGAAAAGGUAACCAUUGAGGAUCUAGGCGCGGAUGAGGAUGAUGUGCCAUCCACAGCCACGGAAACAGUUAGCCUCAUGAGCACUUCCGAGAACGAUUUGGAUGAGAACUCCUCAGAGCUGGGAGAGCUAAGGAAGCGCCGCUUGAAGUUCUUGGAGGAGCGCAACAAGUCAUCCACGGCAGAGGAAUAGAGAAAUGAAGGAACACAGGACAUCAAUCCAAGCAGCAGCCUUCAUCAACCAUUUUCUAUACUCUUCAAAAGUAUAUUGAUUCCUCUUAUGCUUGGCUGCAUCCUUGGGAAUAUCACCACGACAAUGAUGACAAACGACGACUAAGAGAUGCCCUCACAUACUGAAGCACGAACGAAGGAUCUGAAGGGGCAGGCGGCAUCCAAAUUCAAUAUGUAGCAAUACGUAUUGUGUAAAAACUAUUUUAGAGACGGGAAACUGAUGAUUUGUAUUU